AUGAGGGAGGUGGAGAGACGGCGGAUCGCGCAGGAAGCUUGUCAUGGGUUGUUGGAGGAGAGGGAGAGAUUUGUCGAGCGACAGGACAUGAUCGGCCAAAGGCUGGAUUCUUUGCAGGAGUUGGAGUACCCGAGGAGGAUGCUAGACCAUCCGGAAGACUCGCUCGUCCUCCAGACCGAUUUCCUGUACGUGAUCGAACGUGUCAACGUAUGCAUCAACUUCUCAAGACUCACCGCCAUUUUCGGCAAGCGGAACUCAACCUCCUCCCUAAUGUAUAACCCGCGCGAUGACAAUCAUCAAUAUGUUCUUCGUUGGAUCUCCCCGUGUACUCACGCUGGGCCUCACACUUCGAUUAUCUAG